AUGGUUUCAUGGUGGAAACCUCAAUGCAACCGCACGGAAUCAUGGCUGCCAACACCUUGCAGCCAUCUUCUAGUGCUUUGCAGCCGCCUUCAGCUGCUGGAAUUGCAUAACAGCCGCCACAUGACCCCAGGACCUCCACAGCCUUGCAGUCGCCAGCGCCAAUUGCCAAAGCUACUCUGCCUCGCUGUCCUGUUGUCGGAGCACAACAGCAGCCACACCACUCAGCUGCUGGAUUUGCUGCAUAGCCCCACGGCUACUCCGACAUCGUCCCAAUCUUGGAGCAGAUCCAUUCUCUCCCUCAUCUACAAUCACACUUGA